GACUACUUGCGAGUGCACAGAAAGUUCAAAAGCCCAGAACAAAUUACUUGUCAGUCGACUAUCGACUUCCCGAUUGAACCAUCAAUAAGUGGAACCGACUACCUCAACACGUGAUUGAAGCUUCAUCAGUCGACACUUUCAAAAGAAAUUUGGAUAAACUAAGAGACCAUCACCACCAGGACUAACACAGGCCACCCAGCCUUCUGUCCUUUCCAAACUUAAACUGGAAUAUAAUGUCUAAUAAAUUAGGUAGUAAAUCGUCCGCUUUAUUUCAGUUGUCUAUCGAACUAUCCAAAUUCAUACUAGUUUUGUUCAUUUUAAGUCAGAUAGCUGUAUUUGUGUAUAAGUUUUCCACUCUACCAUAUGAAAGUUUGGAAAUGUUUUACGAAAUAUUGGUUCUUUCGUCAAUGUUCAUAUUUGAUAUCGUCCGACUUUACAUUUGUUCUAUGGCUAACCGAUCUCAAAGCUCUAUCUUGUUAGCUGCCUCCUAUAUUUUGCUUGGAAUUUGUGUGGUAUAUUGUGCAUGGAUAGUAAUGUGGCAGUUAAUUACUAUUAAACAUGAAUUAUAUUUUGUAUCAGUUCUCGUUAUAUUCUAUGGUUUAAAUUUUUGCGCAGGAAUACAUGGAUUUAUCUCGUUUAAUUCAGAAAUAUAAAAAUAUUAUUCGACACUACUCUCUCUCGUUUGUUUUCAUGAUCUUAUUUUUCAAAAUAGCCAUCUAAAAGUAGUGAUUUGCCGUACAAACAUAUAUGACAUAUUUAACGGUCCAAUUUCUUUUUUGUUUAUUAUAUUCGAGAACAGAACGAUGAUCUAGAUGUUGGUAAGCACGCCAGGGGUAAACAGUUACUUAACGCUCUGGACCAGUUAUAGUUGCAUAACGUUCGAG